GCGUAAUAUGUAUGUUAUAGGCCCCAUACACCUGCGAACAAAUUGCGCAAACGGAUGUUGCACAAAAAGUGGUUGUACAAACAAGGUGAUCCACACACUAUGCAAUUUACUAUGCAAUUUUAUGCAAACUUCAGUUGUGAGUUGUACUCAUGCACCUCAACAUGCCGUCUAAUGACGCAGCCUGUCUAGCUAUAAUAAUUGCUGCAGCCUGUGAUGUUGGCGUUAAUAAAAGAAAACGGAAGCAGAGAGUUUGGAUGAAAGAGUGGUUAAAGAAAAGAUCUCUUUUUAGUCACGCAAAUCUCCUUAAAGAACUUCAAGUGAGUUCACCUUUAGAUUAUAAAAAUUAUUUACGAAUGAAUUCCACUACUUUCGGCGAAUUAUUGGCUCUGGUAACACCAUAUAUACAAAAAAAAGACACAAUAUUGAGAGAGGCGAUAUCUCCCAAGCAGAGAUUGUUUGCUACUCUAAGAUAUCUUGCAUCUGGACUAACAUUUGAGGGUUUAAAAUUUGAAACUGCGAUUGCUGCUCAAACCCUUGGACAUAUUAUCAUCGAGACCUGUGAAGCAAUCAUAAAGGUUUUGAAGAAAUAUUUAAAGCUACCACAAAGUGAAAAUGAAUGGAGAAAUGAGGCUGAAGCUUUUGCGAGGAAGUGGAAUUUUCCUCAUUGUCUUGGGGCGAUAGACGGCAAACAUGUGAAAAUAUUUAAGCCACCUGGAACUGGUUCAUAUUACUUUAAUUACAAAUAUUCGUUUAGCAUUGUUCUAAUGGGAAUCGUAAAUGCAAAUUAUGAAUUUUUGAUGGUUGAUGUGGGAGCAAAUGGACGAGUCUCUGAUGGAGGGGUUUUUUCCAAUACAGCAUUCUGUAAAAAACUUGUAGAAAAAGAUCUGUGCAUUCCUGAACCAGAAAAUUUAACAUCGACUAAUAUCAAAUUGCCCUAUGUUUUUGUAGGGAUGAUGCUUUUCCACUUAUGGAAAAUUUGA